AUACAUAGUCGUUGAAUGGAUGAGCGAGUAACAUCCGGACCUGAGGUGAUCCAUAGUAUAGAAGGUGUGGAUAUAAAGCAAAGGCCGGCCCGUGGGCCGAGGAUGGAUCCCAUUAACCUGGUGCCAUAUUUGCCUCGGGCAAAGUGGUCCACAGGGCCAGGAGACCAAGGUUGGCAUGCGAUGUUGUGUCAGGUGCUCGAGGAAUCCCAGAAGCAUACGAGACGGAAGAGUCUGCUGAAGGUGAGGGUCAUGGACUGGAUCACCUCUACGGCCAUCCUGCCCCUGUUGUUGGGCUGUGUGGGGAUCUUCAGCCUCUUCAAGCUGCUGCAGCAGAUGCGCGUGAAGGCCUACCUGCGGAACGCUGUGGUGGUCAUUACAGGCGCCACCUCAGGACUGGGGCGAGAAUGCGCCAAAGUCUUCUACGCUGCGGGCGCUAAGCUGGUGCUCUGUGGCCGGAACAGGGAGGCCCUGGAAGAGCUCACCAAAGAACUGGCUGCUUCUCAGGCCACCAAGGUGCAGACACACAAGCCUUACACGGUGACCUUCGACCUCGCAGAACCUGGGGCCAUAGUUGCAGCAACAGCCGAGAUCCUGCAGUGCUUUGGCUAUGUGGAUGUGCUCAUCAACAACGCCGGGAUCAGCUACCGCGGUGCCAUCGUGGACACCACCGCGGACGUAGACAAGAGAGUCAUGGAGACAAACUACUUUGGCCCAGUUGCUCUAACGAAAGCACUCCUGCCCUCCAUGAUCAAGAGGCGACAGGGCCACGUCGUCGCCAUCAGCAGCAUCCAGGGCAAGAUCAGCAUUCCUUUUCGGUCAGCAUACGCGGCCUCCAAACACGCAACCCAAGCCUUCUUUGACUGUCUGCGUGCAGAGGUGGAGCAGUACGAGGUUGAGGUGACUGUGAUCAGCCCCGGCUACAUCCACACCAGCCUCUCUGUCAACGCCAUCACUGCUGACGGCUCCACAUACGGAGUUAUGGAUGAGACCACGGCCCAGGGCCGAAGCCCUGUGGAGGUGGCCCGAGAUGUUCUGGCUGCCGUGGGGAAGAAGAAGAAAGAUGUGAUCCUGGCCGACCUGUUGCCGUCCUUGGCCGUUUAUCUGCGAACUCUGGCUCCGGGGCUCUUCUUCAGCCUCAUGGCCUCCCGGGCCAGAAAGGAGCGAAAAUCGAAGAACUCCUAGAGCCGCAGCGGAGCCGGGGGAGCAGCAGCGCCUGCUGGUGGCUGCUCUACAGGGACGGCCCUGUCUGCUGAGACUUCCCUGGACAUUGGUCUCUCGGGUGGGAAAGAGGGAGCUAUGCUUCUGCAGGUCCCUGGCUAGGCCCCUGCUGGCAGAGGAUGGGAACCAAAAAAGGCAACAGGCUUCUCCCUGGGGGUGAGUGGUAACCCUUAAGGAAUUUAUAUGGAGCUGGAUUUUAACUCUUAAGAAUAUGAAAUAAAGGAAUGGAACAGUAAGUUGUAGUCUUCAAGGACUGGGAGAACCACACUUCCUUGGAAUUCCAGCCUCCGCCAGCUCCUAGAACAUGUUUCAGUCUUGAAAUCAGAAGACACCUGACAUCACUUGAUCCGGUGUUCUCAUAUUUGACUAUCCAAGACCACUUACCUCGUGAAGGCAGGGUCCACCUUC